AUGACAUGUGGUCCAGACCAGAUAUUCAAGUCAUGUCAGCCUUGCGAGAAGACCUGCUCAAGUCCUACAACCUGUACAGGUGCCUGUAUAACGGGUUGCUUCUGUAAAGAGGAGUAUUACAGGGCCCCGGAUGGAACUUGUGUGAAGUUACAAGACUGUCCCACAGCCGAAAUAACCCUCAGCGAUGCGAACGAGCCCUCAAUAGAAGAGUGUCAGGCUGACGAAGUAUACGUGGGUUGUGGGUGGUGCGAACGGACUUGCUCUGACCCCAAUCCCACGUGUCCGUCAUACUUGUGUACACGUGGGUGUCUCUGCAAGCCACCGCUGUUGCGCCACCAUAGCGGCCAUUGCGUGGAGGCUAAAGACUGCUUGCCACGAAAAUGCACAAAACCCAAUGAGGAAUAUACAUGUAGGUAUGGCUGUGAGCCGCGUUGUAAAGAACACUAUUGUAUUCGCCCGCGUCGCUGUCUGCUUGGCUGUCAUUGCAAGCUUGGAUUGCUUCGGGAUCAAAAUGGAAACUGUGUUACUUAUGAAAAUUGUACUAUGACUACUACCACGACCCUGCCUAUAAAUAUCUAG